GCGUUAUUUGCGAAGAGUGGUUCGAUCUAUCGGCUCCUGUGAAUCAGUCGUUGUCGGGAUCGUCGUCGCGCGAGGAUCGACGAAAGCGGUUCGAAGAGUCUGGUAUUUGUCGGAUACUCGUAUGUCCCACGCGUAAAACAUGAAAAAUAAUUGGGGAAGUCGCAAAAUGUGUUCCGCGGGUAAUUUGGAUAAACUAGACAUCAACAAAAGUUUGCAAGUGGCCAACUCUCAAAUCAACCAAUCAUGUUAUGUCGUAUUGUCGGAUUCAAUAAGUACAGAAACAGUCGAAAAAGCAAACGUUGAGUCGAACAGACGUAGCUGUUUGAGUUUUUGUGGACGGUACAAACGUAUUCUUCUGAUCGGAGCAGCUUUGUUAAUCGGGCUGAACUUAAUUAUACUCGCUACUGUGCUGUUACUAUCCCACGUUCAGGAUACUUCAGAUCGCGUUGGGCUAGACUAUUUUUUUGGCGAAACACCAUUAUCGCAAGUGGAAGUGGUGAUCGAUGGAAACCUAUCUUUUAACGAUUGGACGGAGCUGACGAGUAAGACGGUGCAAAACGCGGAGAAUAACGUGUUCUCGAUAGAUGCAAAAGUUACCGAAACGCGCAGUAAACGAGAAAUAUCGCACGAGAAGAGUGAUUGCGAUAUGAAUGCGGAUCGUUGCGCAAUGCUGUUGCAAUCGAUGUACAAGUAUCUCGGAAUUCUCAAGAACAACUCUCAAGAGUUGUUCGACCAAAGCCGCGUGUCUACAUUCGAGAAUAUUCUGAAAUGCCUGUAUUGUAGGAAUCUCGAGUCGACCACUGCGGGUAAACUUGACGAAAAUUUCACGACGCGGUCAAACGGCACAUAUCUGCCGUACGUCUACGUCGGGCGAAAUCAUUCACCUGGAUCGACCGCCAUUGAGUUUUCGGAUAAUACUGGAGGUAACGAGGGCAGGUCGCGCAACGCUGAUCGCGUCGGAGGUGACAGAAUUGAUCUGCCAGAGAUUGUGGACAGCCGAAUAGCGAAAACGAAGUCGAUCGUCACAUCACUCGACCGUACAAACUCGGAUGGAACUUUAUGGAUGCACAUAAAUCGCGCUGAUAUCGACGAUAAACAGUCGAAUGAGGGUUCGAUCGCAAAUUAUUCUCACGUAACAAAAAUCCAAAAUGACACGAGUGUUUCCGCGACGUUAAAUGACGUCGCGGACGGACAUCGUGCGAUCGACGCGGCCAAAAUUGUACCUAAUAACAUCGUUUCGCUAAACGCAAUCGAGUCUAAAGAAAGCACGACAACGGCUACCUGGAUAAAAACAAGCGAGGAGUCUGACACUCGAAACAGUGCGACGAGUCAAUUGUCGACCAAUCAACUAGCGACGGGAGACGUGAUGGGAAUUGGCUAUGACGUCGCGGCUACUCUGAUGCAUCCUUCAUUCGAGGGACACCCGGAAGAUGGGUCGUCCACCAUAGAGGCCGUUACAGAGCCGAUGUCGAUCGACCGUUUCAUAAAGGACAACGCCAAAUCCGUCUCCAAUAGUUACAAGCAAAUUGGGGAGAGCACGGAAGGCAUUCGGCAGUUGACGUCCACGAUGUCGUGGACGAUACCGCAUCUGAUCUGCUAUCCCGAUCAGCUCUUCAAUAAACAAUCACGACUAGGAUCGACGCUUUAUCCGAGCCCUUUUGAUUUCAGCUCUUUGCAAAAUCACAAAUCGUUCUUUUUACAGACUUUAUUUCCACUAAAAUAUUACAGUGUCUGCCCGUUAAAUUCUCGUCGAUGUGUUAGCGAUGGAUAUUGUAUUUUAAAAAUAAAAUGGUGCGAUGGUCGUGUGGAUUGCGCCGAUGCCAGCGACGAAACCAUGUGUUCCUGUAAAGACCGGAUAUCCCGUGAUCGACUUUGCGACGGUUAUCUUGAUUGUCCUCACGGAGAGGAUGAGACUGGCUGUUUCCCUUGUCCCGAUGACUCUUUCAGCUGUGACGGUUGGAAUCGACGUCACAGCUAUGAUAAUUGCGUGCCGCUUUCCCAACGUUGUGACGGAGUAGAACAAUGUCACAACGGAAAGGAUGAACUAGAUUGCAAUAUACUUUCGGCGUCGUAUAUAGAUGGGAAAGAUAUAUCUACGAUCAGUUACACGGAGGGAUAUCUUCAUAAGAAUGUACGAGGUCAAUGGUAUCCCGUGUGUUCGGGCGAAACUUUUUGGGCGAUGGAUGCUUGCACGUCUGAAACCGGUCAAUCUAUAACAGUAACGCCUAAAAUAGAAAUGGUCCGUGUGUCUGCAAACGACUUCUCAGGUCCUUACCUGAACGGAUCUGACGGAUAUAUGCGUCUUGUGGACUCGUGUUCGAAUUCAAUGAUGUUUGUCAAGUGCCCGCCGUUGCCUUGCGGCACCAGAGUUCAUCCACAUCAAAAUUCCUUCCUGACAUCCACCCGUUCCGACACGACAGCAAGGAGCUACUUUGAUGAACUUUACCUGGAAACACUCAAAUUGUUGGACGAAAAGUAUUCGGCUGUCGAGGAGAAUAAAGAAGAUCGGAACGACACUCGGCUCGUCGAGCCGUUAUUGGGGGUGGUUGGUGGUCGGGCGAGCGAACCUAAGGAUUGGCCUUUCUUAGUCGCAAUUUACGAGGACGGCAAUUUCCACUGCGACGGUGUCAUCCUCACCGAGGUCUGGAUACUCACUGCGGCUCAUUGCAUGAUCGAGUACGAGAAGCAUUAUUACGAGGUGCAAGCUGGCGCGCUCAGGCGGUUUUCAUUCUCGCCGACAGCUCAGUGGAGGAAAGCGAAAAACGUGCUAACACACGCUGGUUUUAACAGCCAUAUCAUGCAGAAUGAUAUCGCGUUGAUUAUGUUGGACGAAAAGCUCCUCUUCAAUCGGUGGGUCCGGCAAGCUUGUCUACCGGCGGAUUCAGGAUGGAAACUGGAACCAACGCCGCAAUCUCGUAUGUGCGUCGUCGUUGGAUGGGGCGCCAUGGAAGAAUUUGGACCAGAUACCGAUCAGUUGCGAGAAGUGGAAGUGCCGAUUUUAUCAUCAUGCAAGUAUUCUUCCGAUCGGAACGACGCCACUAUCUGCGCGGGAUAUCCUCAAGGUGGUCACGACGCGUGUCAAGGUGACAGCGGCGGUCCUUUGAUGUGCAGAGAUCCGAGUUUCGAGUCGCAGUUUUAUGUGGCGGGUGUGAUCAGCCAUGGCAAUGGAUGCGCACGGCCUGACGAGCCCGGCGCUUACACAAGAAUAAGCUACUUUAUGCGGUGGAUCCAGAAGCAAAUCGAAGAAUUUGAGCUGAUGCCGAACAAAAGUACACCCUUGGCCAAAUGUCCAGGCUUUAGCUGCCAAGGAAAAUUCGGAAGGUGUUUGCCGAUAGAGAAACGUUGCGAUCAAGUCGUAGAUUGUUUGGAUGCUGAAGAUGAAGUCGGCUGUCUUUGGCAAGUGACGGACGCUUAUGGGCGAGGCAGACAAUCAGAUUCCCAUAAUGAGUUUGCGGAGAUGGAGAUGAGAAAAAUGGGCCAACACACUGCCGACGAGAUACGCACCGGGACGACUCUUACUUUAAACGGAGAGCAAGCGCGGAUUGACGAUAACGAGACUCUACGUACUGUCGACGCGACAAUGCCCGAGACAACGCCGAGCGUUAGAUCAACAUUCACGUGCACGAGUCUGAUACAAACUAUAACGAUUGACAAGAGAUGCGACAAGCGCUUGGAUUGCGAGGACGGCACCGACGAGGAGGGCUGCAUGUGCAGGGACUACCUGUCGAAUUCGCAACCAACGGCGAUUUGCGACGGACAUCUGGAUUGCGACGACGAGACGGAUGAAAAGAAUUGCGGCACGUGUACUGAGGACGAGUUUCACUGCGGCAGAAGCGAAGCGUGCAUUCCGGUGAAGAGUAGGUGCGACGGAAAAUACGAUUGCGCUCUAAAAGAGGACGAGGUCGAUUGCCUCACAUUGACCAACGGAGAAUACGUAAAUGUGGACAGCGAUGAUCGGCCGGCCUUAAAUGCGGCAGGCUUACUCGCUAGAUAUACAAACGGAACGUGGCGCACAGAAUGCCCUGAAACACGCGACAACGAUACUCUAACAGCGAGAAUGGGCGAGAGAGUAUGCAGAUAUCUCGGAUUCAGGAAUAUACAGUCGGUGGAGAGGGUCAACGUGAACAGGAUCAAGCUGGAGGUCAGACCUCGGGGGAGGAGGGACAAUACCACGGGUUACGAAGCGAUAGACGUAGAUGGGCCGUGUUCGGCUCUGCGGAUUCACUGCAGACCGGUUCUGAGCGGCAGCGCCGACACAUACCUGGUCGUCAAUCCGAAAACUGGAAGUCGGACUUAUCUGUGGCCGUGGCUGGCCACCAUCUUCGUCGAUGGCCGCUAUCGUUGCUCGGCCGUACUCCUCAAACGAGACUGGAUCUUAACCAACUUGGAAUGUACGAGAGAUAUCAGGUUAUCUGUGAAUUACACGACGGCUCUGCUUGGCUACAGCCGCUCGUACCUCUACGUCGAUGGACCUUAUCAACAGAUAUCGGUCAUUGAUGAAAUCAAGGAAGUAAAACAUUCCAAUGUCUCGUUGCUCCACUUGAGAACGGCGGUGAAUCUUACCCGUCGCGUGCUGCCGCUAUUUCUACAGGAGAAAAUUUAUCCACCGGAGGAUAACGAUUUGUGCGUGGCAGUUGGCACGGACAAGGAAUACACGACACACUCGGUCUUCCUGCAGCCAGUCCUUGAAAAUUGCGACAAGUGUCACCGUUGCUUUGUCGAACGCACACGCUUGGAAUGUUCGAGUAACAACACGCGAAGCGUAGAUUGGACCGGAACGGUAGUCUGUCACAGUCAGGAGGGGUGGUAUCCCGCGGCUGUGUUUCACGAGAAAAAUGGUCCGUGUAGUUUCCAAAGUACACGAAACCUGAUGAGCAUCGAUUACGUCCAAGCUUACAUCACGCAAAUUUUAGACAGAAAGUGGCAGCCAACGGCUGAAGCUACAUGCGACGGUAUUCGAUGCAAUAUCGGACAGUGCAUUUCUUGGAAUCGGGUAUGCGACGGUAUAGUGGAUUGCCGAGACGCCGUCGACGAGAUGGAGGACACAUGUGACAGAGUUCAGAGGACUUACGACAUCAAUCGCAAAUGCGCAAAGACCAUGUUGCGAUGUGGUAACGAAGAGUGUAUGCCGAAGAGCACCUUCUGCGACGGUAAAGUGGAUUGCUCGGAUGGCACGGAUGAACCCGUAAAUUGUACCUGCGCGGAAUAUUUAAGAUUAACUGCACCGGAAAGACUGUGUGACGGUGUGCGACAUUGCUUCGAUAAAACCGACGAAUCGCCGGAUGUAUGCCGUUGCACGGACAUCAGUUUUAAAUGCGACACAGAAAGCGGAAACUCCAUCUGCAUCCCUCAAGAUUUCGUGUGUGAUGGCGAUCAGGACUGUCCAAACGGCCGAGAUGAAGAGCGAUGCAGAAAGUUGUACGAAUCCGCGGAUAAUAAAUCUGGUAUGAGAGAAGUGCUGCAACGUUCCUACGGUGUAUGGCACUCCCAAUGUUUCUCGGCACCAGUGACAUCAGAGGAGGCAAACACCGCAUGCAAAGAGAUCGGUUAUAUGAACGGGACUAUCGAUCACGAAAGCCGAAUCUCGAGUGAGCCGGUUGUACCGUCUCGUGAUGAUUUCUACACGAUUCGAGUGAAUCUGGAAACGUGGGUGACCAUGCGGAAUAAUAAACCGCUUAUAAACUUGGUCCGAGCGGACGAUCCGUGCUAUCGUCUCUUCGUCAAGUGUGCAUGACGUCAUCAAUCGCAAAAAUUGUAUAAAUUUGUUUAUUUAGUUGUAACAUUGACAAGUACCAGCAGAGUGAAUUACAAUUGCAAUUUAUACUA